GCGGGAGGGGGGGCGUCGGUUCGGCUUCUUGAGGGUCCUCAGGCGGAGUUUCUUCAUCACUUCGCGAGCUUCCCCAGAGGAUGAGCAGCCUGUGUAGAGCAACACUGCAGAACACACACUUUUGAGGGAAGCCGAGGCAGGAGCUCGUUGGUUCCUAUACUAUAGUAUUUAUUCCUGAAGAACUUCGACGUCCCCGCCACCGAGUUUUCGUUUUUCUCUCACCACCUCUCUGCGCUUCAGAAGGAACUUAAGAGACUGAACUGCUGGAUAUUUUUUCUUCUGCUCCCUCAGUUGAUGCGCAGCAUUUUUUUGUUCGGUGUGCGAAGCAGCGGGAUUCGAACCCAGAGCCUGCCGGGUGUGUCCGAGCCGCAGUCUGCGAACGGAGCGGAGGGGUUUUACCGCGCUGUGGACGUCGCGCGCUGCUGGCCAUGCUCUCGCGGGGGACUGCGCUCGCGCUCUCGACACUGGCGCUCGUGCUCACGGCUGCACGUGGUGAUCACUGUGCCAGUGGCCUUCGCACCUCAUCGGGGGAGUGCUGUCGCCUGUGCCCACCGGGGCAAGGGCUGGCGGUGGAGUGCGCCAGGGAGAACACCAAGUGCCAGCCGUGCCAGGAUGGAGUGACCACCUCUCUGUCCGAGGACCUGUCCCCCUGCCUGCCCUGCGUGCGCUGCCCCCCGGGGGUCCCGGAGACGGCCCGCUGCACUGCAUCCCAGGACACGCAGUGCGACUGCAGCGAUGGCUUCUACCUGCGGCGCAUGGGCAACACUUCGGAGGCCUACUGCGCUCCCUGCUCCUUGUGUAGACUGGGCCAGGGCGCGGUUCGGGCGUGCGGACCGCUGGGGAACACGCUAUGUGAGCCCUGCGCCCCCGGCACCUUCUCGGAGGAGCGCAGCAGCUUCAAGGCGUGUCAGCGCUGCUCCCGGUGCCAGCAGAACGAGGUGGAGAUCCGGCCCUGCCAGCCCGACUCCAACACCAUCUGCAUGGAGAAGAAACUACACAUCCUGUCCCAACCUGCCGAGUCGGACGGUCCCCGCCGGCCGGUGAACGGGGAGGACCGGGGAGGCGACGAGGCCAGUCCUGCCCCAGGUGCCCCGAGAUUCACCCCCCAGGAGGAGGGAGGCAAAAAUAUCAUCCCGGUGUAUGUGUCGGUCCUGGCGGCCGUUGUGCUCGGCCUCCUGCUCUACGUUGCCUACAAAUGCUGGACGUCCUGCAAGCAGAAGCAGGCGCUGGGGAAGGCGCGGAGCGGCGAUGCCGGCGUGGCCCCCGAGGGGGAGAAACUGCACAGUGACAGCGGCGUCUUCCUGGACUCCCACAGCUUGCAGGACAGCCAGCUCAGCAAAGCAGGCAGUAAGCGGGACAGCAAACCGGAUAGCCGGCUGUACCUGAACCUUCCUCCCCACAGGCAAGAGGAGGUGGAGCAGCUGCUGCAGGAGGGCGGGGAUUGGAGCUGGAGGCAGCUGGCAACCCAGCUGGGGUACGAACAGGAGCGGUUGGAUGUGUUCGGCCGCGGAGAGGAUCCCGUGCACACGCUGCUGUCUGACUGGGCGACGCAGGAGGGCUCCACCCUGGGCGUUCUCUGCUCUGCUCUGACAAGGAUUGACCGUCCCGAUGUUGCAAGUGCCCUCUGCUGCCCAACACAGGGCAGCUCGGUGGUCUGACACCCACUAGGAAAGGGGCACCGAGCCUAGGUAUGGAUGGCGUCUGAGAGCUUGGGGAGACCGGGGUGGGGGAGGGUGGCCCAACUGUGCCUUGAAAAACAUGUAGAAAUUCAAAUCAAGAUACACAGGAAAAAAAAUGACCCACCAGCUCAGUCCAUCACAUUGUGUACAUUGCUGGUGGGAUUUAUUUUUCAGGCCCAGGGUACUUUAACAGACAUCCCGUCUCUGCUUGGCUUUACCUUGCAAAAAAGAGAUGAUACUGCCACGAGCGAGAGCUCUGGAUUAGCAGCCAAGAAGGGCCAGUGGUGUUUUUGGUGUUCUGCAAGGCCCCGUUGAUCGUCCAUCAACUUUCUUGCCUGUGUAGCUCCACCCCCUCACUAUGCUCACGUUAGAGACUCGUUUCUGUGUGUGUAUGUAACAGACUCUUUGAGCUGCUGUUUCCUGUGCCUUCAGCUCGCCUUUGCUGGAUUUUGUACAGUAGCACUGUUUAAAAAAAAAAAAAAAAAAAAAUUAAAUGUUAGUGCCUUAUUUUGGAAAAGCACUCGUUAUACCUGUCAUCGGUUAGAGUGAAAUUGUCCAAAUGUGCUCAUGUUGUACAGCUCAGGUUUCCCUAUUCAUUACACUUUUUUGAGUAUUUUUUGUUUUUUUUUUUUCUUCUUCUCUAAGCCAGUCUGUAGUAUGCAAACUUCAGUAAAUGGAAUAAUUUAAGCUCAGAGUGCUUACAAACAGCUGGUACCUUGGUACAGUUCGCCUGUUUAAUCCAACCAACUUUCCCUCAAUUUGGUCAUCCAUAACAAUAUUGCUCUGUAACGGUUAUUAUCUUUUUGUACUUGUUCAUAAAUGUCUCAGUAUGUUGAGAGAUCGCUUAUAAAAUUCUGCCUUGUUAAAUAAACACACUUUGAAGAAUGUC